AAAUUUCAGCACCUUUUAUUUGUCAUGGAUCUAGUAAAAUAAUAAGUGAAUUUUAUACGAAUGAAACAAGAAUAUUGUUACUUUAUGAUUCUUGUCGUAACCACAAUUAAACCCCGUUGGUAAUACAGUUGAGAAUUGUGACUACCUUUUGAUUAAUGCUCCAUAUCAUGAUAUAACAACAUAGCCGUUGCUUCAAUUCAGUACAGUCGGCAUCGUAGAACAGUGUCAUGGCGUGGCAACGAUGACAGAAAGUGUAUAUCUCAUUGAAGAAUUUGGUACUGAAUUUACAAAAGAUACGAAAUUUAAUAUGUGGGGUGGUUUUCGUUGUAACAAUGGCUUCCUAAUUCUGUUCCUAGUGCAUAUCAUUGUAUUUCAAUGUUUCAUAUACUAUCAAGAACGCUAUAAAUGGCAAGAGCUGAGGAAUAACCUGGAGUUGAUGAUCGUCGAGCAAAGAGAUAUAUAUGGAUUAACAUACAGUCUAAUUAAAAGACUAGAAAGUCAUGGUGUGUUCAAUGAAGACAGACACGGAUAUGCUAUAAAGCCCAUGAUUUAUGCCAUUACCCCCACGUUUACCAGACCUGUACAGAAAGCUGAGCUCACUCGAUUAUCGCAAACGUUUUUACAUUUACCGAAUCUCCACUGGAUUGUUGUUGAAGAUGCAGAAAGCAAAACCAAACUCGUGACUCAACUUUUAGAGAAUAGUGGUUUAAUUUAUACUCAUUUAGCCGCAGCAACCCCACCUAAUUAUAAAUUGGGCCGAAAUGACGCGAAUUGGAAGAAGCCACGUGGUGUUGAGCAACGGAAUACAGCGUUACGGUGGCUUCGAGACAAUCACCAAACAAACGAUAAGGGGAUAGUAUUUUUUGCUGACGAUGACAAUACGUACUCGAUUAAAUUAUUUCACGAGAUGGAAAAAAUAAAAAAAGUCGGCGUAUGGCCUGUUGGUUUAGUUGGCGGUUUAAUGGUAGAGAAACCAAUAUGUGAUAAUAGUACUAAUAAGAUAAUCGGUUUCAAUGCUGCCUGGAAACCAGAACGUCCGUUUCCGUUGGAUAUGGCAGGUUUUGCGAUUAACCUACGGCUUUUAAUAAACAAGAAAGAUGUACUUUUCUCGUACGAUGUUCAAGGUGGAUAUCAGGAGAGUGAAAUUUUGUCACAAAUCGUUACCAGAGAUGAAUUAGAGCCACUGGCAGAUUGUUGUACGAAGGUAUAUGUGUGGCAUACACGAACAGAGCCACCACAGUUAAACGUAGAACAAUUAUUAAUAAAGAAAGGUAAACGUUCGAAUCUUGGUAUUGAAGUAUGAUAAAAACGUUAAACUAUAGUUUGUUAUAUUUUGCAAUUGUUGAGAAAGCAUGUGCUCUAUUAAACAGGUAUAUAGAAAUUAUCUCAUGAUAUUAUCUCAUCUACGAACGUGAGUGAUAUGAUAUUAUAUUUAUAAAAAAAAAUAGAACUAUGAAUUUUAUAUACACUUUUUAUUAUUUGCAUUUGGCCAUGUACUUGUGAGGAAUAGUGCAGUGCCAUAACGCAUAGCCACUUAUAGCUGCAUAUUAGGUAAGAACGCAAAUGAGAGAUUAAUCGGUUUUAGAUAGGGUAUGUGCAUAAUAACAGUCGCCUGAAGGAUAUAAUAUCAAUAAGUACAGUUUCACUUUAAGAAUUCAUCGCUUUUUAUACUU